CACGUCAGUUCGCGCCGUCCACCAAAAAAAUCCACGGGCGAGACAUUCGCGGGAGAACAUCGGAUGGGCUCGAGAAGCACGCUCACAGAGAAAUACUGCUUAUCUACGAUGAUAGAUGUUAAUGCGGGACGAUAAGGGAGCAACAAAUAACGAGGCAACUGUAGCAGCACAUGGUGACUAUGCACGGUGAGACAUUUAAGUGAGAUAUAAUACAUUAUUUAUUACGAUUAUUUAUACGUAAUGGCGGACCUACCGAAAAAGUUGAUGACGAGCAAGAUACUAGAUAGAUGCAGCAAGUGGGUAGAAUCACAGCAGGAUUAUCCUUACUUGGAAGAAGAUACUGCCAAGCGAAAAUUGGAGGAGUCUGAAUACGAUGAUUGGUACAACACAGAUUCGGAAUUCGACUCAGUCUCGGAAUGCGGUGCCAAGAGACACAAGGUAGGGAUACAAUUGAAGAACGAAGCUUUGGAUCUGACCUGCGAAUGGACGGCGUGCACGUUUCGUAGCAAUCAUAUGGAUCAAUUUAUGAGACAUGUCUCGAGUCACAUACCAAACAUACAUAUAAGCAUGAAAGAUGACAAUGAAGUCUAUGCUUGUCAGUGGAAAGACUGUUCUUACUAUACUGAUGUAUGCGAUGAAAUAGUGCAGCAUGUUAAUUAUCAUGCUUAUCACACCAAGUUGAAAUGUAUUGGAUCUAAUGUUCGUGGAAGAACUAAACUUCCUAGAUGCCGUAGAGAUCCAGAAUGGAGGAACAUCAUAGAUUCACCAUCUCCGCACAUGUGUAGAUGGGAGGAAUGUUUGCAAAUGUUUAAAAAUUAUCAAAUGUAUCUGUAUCAUGUGACUAUACACAUGAAAGACUGUCCGCGUGGCAAUAGAGUUAAGGAUGGAGUUAAAUGCAAGUGGACUGGAUGCAAUGGCAAAUAUCCUAGUUUAUAUAAACUUCGUGAUCAUAUGAAGUGUCAUACCAAAGAAAAAAUAGUCGCAUGUCCCGACUGCGGUGCAACCUUUGCUUCUAAAACAAAAUUUCACACGCAUUGCCAGCGACAAAUUCCUUUGGAAGUACAGGGAUUCCAAUGUUCACACUGCAAUAAGUUUUAUCCCACUGAGAAAAUCCUACGUGAUCAUAUGAGAUCUCAUGUGUUUAAUUAUAAGUGUUCCCUUUGCGAUAUGAGCUGUGAAUCGCCAGCAAGUUUGGCGAAACAUGUCAGGUAUCGCCAUGUAUCGACUAGAACGUUUCCAUGUCAAUUGUGUUCACACGCUGCAAAAUCGCAACAAGAUCUCGAUUCUCACAUGACUGUCCAUACUAAUGGCCCGAAUUUUUCUUGCCACUUUGAAGGAUGCCUUUACACAUGCAAAGGAGCUUACACCUUGGAUAGGCAUGUAGAACGAGUACAUGGCUUAGCAGUGCGAUGGUACUGUUGUCACGAAUGUCCGAUUAAAUAUCGGAAAAGUUAUAGAUUGACCAAACAUCUUAUAGAAACCCAUCAAUUGCAAUUGCCAAGUGGACAUAAACGCUUCCAUUAUACACAGGACGAGGAUGGAUGUUAUAGACUUCAAAUGGUCAGAUAUGAGGCUGUGGAUGAAGAGAAUGAAUCGCUCGUUAAAGAAGCCAAAUUACCGGAUAAAAAAUACAAGUUAGAAUUGAAUCAAACUACAUCAUUAACAAAAGUAAAAAUUGUUGAAGAUAAUAUGGAAGAGGUAGAAACUGUACAAGAUUUGCAAGAAGAAAUAACUGAUAGUGAUGUUGGCAAAUCCAUGCCUGUUAUAUCGAAUAUUUUAAUAUCUAUUGACGAAGUCGAUGAAAAAGGAAAUAUUAUAAAAAGACAAAUUGUAGAAACGCAAGAAACAAAUGAGUUACCACCAUCUGAAGAACCGCCAUUAAUUUUAACAUAACAUAACUUGACAAUUCUAUAAUAAAAGAUAUAUUC